AUGCCCACGCCACUGUCACCUAUAUUGCUCAAGCCUCGCCAUGACAUACCACUCCUGCUACGACGUCGUUGUAUAAUCACACUCCGCCGGAUGAUGGAAGAACGUUUUUCCUAUACACAUGUCAUCGAGCGGAGUUGUGACGUCUACGUCGCGGCUGAAGCGCGGUGGGCUGUUGUCAGGUUGUCAAGGGAGAUGUCAGUGCGCUCCUAG